AUGAACGGACAGCUCAACGGCUUCCACGACGCCUUCAUCGAGGAGGGCACGUUCCUCUUCACGUCCGAGUCUGUAGGGGAAGGCCACCCAGAUAAGAUUUGUGACCAGAUCAGUGAUGCUGUCCUUGAUGCCCACCUUCAGCAGGACCCUGAUGCCAAAGUGGCUUGUGAAACUGUUGCUAAAACUGGAAUGAUCCUUCUUGCUGGGGAAAUUACAUCCAGAGCUGCUGUUGACUAUCAGAAAGUGGUUCGUGAAACCAUUAAGCACAUAGGAUAUGAUGAUUCUUCCAAAGGGUUUGACUACAAGACUUGUAAUGUGCUAGUGGCCUUGGAGCAGCAGUCACCAGAUAUUGCUCAAGGUGUUCAUCUUGACCGGAAUGAGGAAGACAUUGGUGCAGGAGACCAGGGUUUGAUGUUUGGUUAUGCCACUGAUGAAACUGAGGAAUGUAUGCCUUUAACCAUUGUCUUAGCACACAAGCUCAAUGCCAAACUGGCUGAACUACGCCGGAAUGGCACUUUGCCUUGGUUACGCCCAGAUUCUAAAACUCAAGUGACUGUGCAGUAUAUGCAGGAUCGAGGUGCUGUGCUUCCCAUCAGAGUCCACACAAUUGUUAUAUCUGUUCAGCAUGAUGAAGAAGUUUGUCUUGAUGAGAUGAGAGAUGCCCUAAAGGAGAAAGUCAUCAAAGCAGUUGUACCUGCAAAAUAUCUUGAUGAGGAUACAAUCUAUCAUCUACAGCCAAGUGGCAGAUUUGUUAUUGGUGGGCCUCAGGGUGAUGCCGGUUUGACUGGUCGGAAAAUCAUUGUGGACACUUACGGCGGUUGGGGAGCUCAUGGAGGAGGUGCCUUUUCAGGAAAAGAUUACACCAAGGUGGACCGUUCAGCUGCUUAUGCUGCUCGUUGGGUGGCAAAAUCCCUUGUUAAAGGAGGUCUGUGCAGAAGGGUUCUUGUUCAGGUCUCUUAUGCUAUUGGAGUAUCUCAUCCAUUGUCUAUCUCCAUUUUCCAUUAUGGCACCUCUCAGAAGAGUGAGAGAGAGCUAUUAGAGAUUGUGAAGAAGAAUUUUGACCUCCGCCCUGGGGUCAUUGUCAGGGAUCUGGAUCUGAAGAAGCCAAUUUAUCAGAGGACUGCAGCCUAUGGCCACUUUGGUAGGGACAGCUUCCCAUGGGAAGUGCCCAAAAAGCUUAAGUAUUGA